UGGUUGUUUUGCUCAUGAGCAGUACGCGACACGUGACGUCAUAUCCCUGGGCGUCCUUAAAGUGAAACAAAAUGAUCGUCUCAGACACUCUUGCGGAGGACCGUUACUCUAACAAAUGUCUUCACAUGUCACGACAAGAGAGUGGAGGGACAGGAGCAGAAUAAAAUGAGUGCUUAUAAACUGAGUGUGUGUGAGGAGAGAGAGGAGGAGGAUCCUGUUUACACACCAAGAACAGCAUCUUCAGGAUUCAGCUGUGUGUCUAUGAAGAGUAACUGCUCCAUGCGUGAGCCUCCUUAUCUCAGUGAGGUUGACACUCAGAGACUGGCAUCUUCAGGAUUCAGCUGUGUGUCUAUGAAGAGUAACAACCCAUGUGUGAGCCUCCUUAUCUAAGUGAGGUUGACACUCAGAGACUGGCAUCUUCAAGAUUCAUCUGUGUGUCUCUGAAGAGUAACAGCUCCAUGCGUGAGCCUCCCUAUCUCAGUGAGGUUAACACUCAGAGACCGGCAUCUUCAGGAUUCAGCUUUGUGUCUGUGAAGAGUAACAACUCCAUGUGUGAGCCUCCUUAUCUCACUGAUGGACCUGCUGUGAAUUUUGUAUGUAUGUCCUCUCAGACCUUCAAAUCCUCCUACAGUCAGAACCACUUCAGUCAUUCUGACACAGAAACAGAUCUGCAGCUUAAUUCUCAUCAACCAGCACUUAAUGACCUAAAGAGAGUCAUAAAGCAGCACAAAACCAGCAUGAAGAAAAAGUAUGAAAGCUUAUUUGAGGCAGUCAACCUCCAAGAGAAUCAAACCCUCCUGAACAGGAUUUACACACAGUUGUACAUCAUAGAGGGAGAGAGUGAAGGAGUGAAUGAAGAACAUGAGGUGCUGCAGAUAAAGAAAAGUUAUAGUACAUAUCAAGCCACUUCAAUCAACUACAGUGACAUCUUUAAUCCUUCACCUGAACUAGCAGAUGAGGAAAUAAGAGAGAACAAAGACAAAAUAAAGACUGUUCUUACUAAAGGCAUCGCUGGAAUUGGAAAAACUGUCUCUGUGCAGAAAUUCAUUCUGGACUGGGCUGAGGGAAAAGCCAAUCAAGAUGUAGAUUUCAUGUUUGUUCUUACAUUUCGAGAGCUGAACUUGGUUAAAGAUAAUCAGUACAGUCUUCACAGACUUCUGCUUGAUUUUCAUCCUGAACUUCAAGAUCUGGACCCAAAGAUUUAUGGGGAAUGUAAAGUUGUGUUUAUCUUUGAUGGUCUGGAUGAAAGCAGAAUUUCAGAAAUGUUUUUAGAAAGUCAAAAAGUUUCUGAUGUGACUGAGAUUUCAUCAGUGGGUCUGUUGAUGUCAAGCCUCAUGAGAGGAUAUCUACUUCCCUCUGCUCUCAUCUGGAUCACCACCAGACCAGCAGCAGCCAACCAGAUCCCCUCGGACUACAUCAACCGUGUGACAGUAAUUCAGGGAUUCAAUGACCCUCAGAAAGAGGAAUAUUUCAGGAAGAGAAUCCGUGAUGAGCAUCAAGCCAGCAGAAUCAUCUCAAACAUCAGAAGAGCAAGAAGCCUCCACAUCAUGUGUCACAUCCCUGUCUUCUGCUGGAUUUCAGCCAAUGUGCUUCAAAACAUCCUGAAACAAGAUCUCAGUGCAGAAGUCCCUCAAACUCUGACUGAAAUGUACAUCUACUUCCUGCUCAUUCAAACAAACAUGAGGAACCAGAAGUAUGAAAAGAGACAUCCAAAGAAACUCCUGCAGUUCAGCAGAGAAGUGAUUGUGAAACUUGCUGAACUGGCUUUCAAUCAGAUGAUGAAGGGCAAUGUGAUGUUUUAUGAGGAGGAUCUGAGAGAGAGCGGCAUAGACGUCACUGAUGCUUCAGUGUAUUCUGGGAUCUGCACUGAGAUCUUCAGAGAGGAGUCUGUGAUUCACCAAAGGAAGGUUUACAGCUUUAUACAUCUGAGCUUUCAAGAGUUUGCAGCACUGUAUGUGUUUUACUGUUAUUUACACAAAAACAGCGAGGUUCUGAAAAUGUUCCUGACAGGAAAGUCCAAAUGCCAGGGUGAAAAUAUUUCUCUGGAUGUGUUUCUGAAUGAAGCAGUGAAUAAAGCUUUGGAGAGUAAAAAUGGACACCUGGAUCUUUUCCUUAGAUUUCUUCAUGGCAUCUCACUGGAGUCUAAUCAGAGACUCUUACAGGAUGUACUGAUACACACCGAGAACAACCCAGAGAGCAUUAAAACAAUAAUUCACAACCUUAAACAAAGUCAAAAUUAUCAGGUUAGUCCUGACAGAUGGAUAAAUCUGACACACUGUUUGAUUGAGAUGAAGGAUAACUCAGUUGUUGAAGAAAUGCAGGCAUUUUUAAACUCUAAAUCAAAAAGAGAAAAUCUUACUCCUGUUCAAUGCUCAACCUUGGCAAACAUAAUCCUGAUGUCAGAGGAGGUGCUGGAUGAGCUAGACUUCAAUAACAACAUCAGAUCAAAAGAGGGCAGAUGGAGACUGGUACCUGCUGUGAGGAACUGCAGAAAAGCUGUUUUGGCAGGCUGUAAUCUCACUGGUCAGCACUGUGAAAUUGUGGCUUCUGCUCUACAAUCACCAAACUCACCCCUGAGAGAGCUGUACCUGAGUAACAAUCCUCUGCAGGAUUCAGGAGUGAAGCUGCUCGCUGCUGGACUGAAGAGUCCAAACUGUCAACUCAACACAUUGAGAUUAUCUGGCUGUAUGGUGAAAGAGGAAGGUUGUGCCGCUCUGACAUCAGCUCUGAGUUCAAACCUUUCACACCUGAGAGAGCUGGACCUGAGUAACAAUGAUCUUCAGGAUUCAGGAGUCAAACUGCUCGCUGCUGGACUGAAGAGUCCAAACUGUAAACUCAACAUAUUGAGAUUAUCUGUUUGUAUGGUGAAAGAGGAAGGUUGUGCCGCUCUGACAUCAGCUCUGAGUUCAAACCUUUCACACCUGAGAGAGCUGGACCUGAGUAACAAUGAUCUUCAGGAUUCAGGAGUCAAACUGCUCGCUGCUGGACUGAAGAGUCCAAAUCAAAUCAUCAUACUCCGAUUACCUGGCUGUAUGGUGACAGCAGAAGGUUGUGCUGCUCUGUCUUCAGCUCUGAGUUCAAACUCCUCACACCUGAGAGAGCUGGAUCUGAGCUACAAUCAUCCAGGAGAUUCAGGAGUGAAGCUGCUCUCUCAAACACUCAAACAUCUGGACAAACUCAAGUAA